CUGAUGUCACAGUUCGUGGGGCUGCUAACAGCACGACGAUCCUACCUCGUGACUAUUCGUGUUUGGAAUGUGUUGCCGAUGAAGAUUCUGCAGCUUCCAGCUCCACUGCAGAUAGACGUAAGUACAACAAGUAGUGGGAGGUUAUUGUGACUGAAAAUAAAAGUUGUAAACCAACGUAUCUAUAGUAAUGAAUGUAUUUUCUGCUGGCCAGAAAGCGUAGCAACGCAAGGAAGUGAUGACUCGAUAAGCUGAAACAUCAUGAUCAACCUCUUCACGCUCCUGUGAGGAGAAAGACGAAUAGAUAUCGAAUACCUCACUCACAUUUCCGCCCAGAAAUCUGUGGCCCACCAUGGCGCCGAAGCGUAUCAACAAGAAGCAGCUGGAGGCUUUCCGGCACAAAUUGAAGCACGGAAAAGACAUUGCGGACGAGGAAGCGGAUUCCCCGGGAGGACCUGGACAAGCAGACGACACCUCCGGAAGGAACAGUGACAGGGAAGGAGGAAAAGACGCAGCUGAAAAAAAUUCGAAUCCGCAUCUCCUGGCAGGAGGUGUUCCACCGGCAAAGAACAAGCAAAAAGCCACAGCACGAGCAGUGGAGCGCCAAGAAAGUGAUGGCAGCAAUGCAGUACAGCAGAAACCGUCCGGCGUUGAGGAGAAGCAAAAGCAUCUUUUCGCGACUUUCCCCAAAACCCUCUGGCUGUACUUCGCGGGGCGGCACAACGAGGACUUGUGGAAAAAUCUGAAAGCCUUGUGCGCGAACGAAGUUGACACGGAUGUGGCGGAUUACGACUUUGAAAAUUUCUAUGGAAGCGUCAUGAUCGAAAUCGACAAAGUUGAAAUAAUUUCUCAUACAUAAAUUGCAAGGCAUGUUGAGGUGCCUCUCUUGCAGGGAUGGCAAGCGAAGCCGACCGCCAGCGUGGUUGGGGUCUGCGAUAGAGCUGCUAAAGCAGCAUGACAAAAGACGCCCUCUGUCCGUAAACAGCAUGACAAACCGGAUUUAGAUGGUGCCUAAAUUUGUCAUGCGCCGCUUGGAAAUUGCGCUUCCAACUGGUAUCGAUUUUAUGCAUUGCAAGUUAUUUCAACUUUGUCGAUUUCAAUCCUGACACUCCCAUAAUUUCUGCCUGUACAUUGGACACGAUGUGCAAGCGGGGGAGAACAAGCGGCCGCUGGGGUACCGCUUGUUCAAGGAGGUCACCGUCACCGUUUUGGCGUGUUCAUUUUUUGAGCAAAAAAAUUUGACUUUUACCUGAUUUCCUAUAUGUGUCCAUUUCUGUCAAAUGCUGCGGGUGCGGCAAUCCAACGACUGCAUUCCAAGCAUGUUGACCCAGCAUGCUGAAGGCCGUCCAGACAUAUCCAAGAACGGCGCUGCCGUUAUACAAGCCAAAACCGCGGCCCCAGAAGGUCCCUAGCUGGGAGGCUGUCUCCUGACACUUCAGCGACCAGAGUUCCGGCCGCGAAGGAUCGGAAUAGUGCGGCGCGUCAUGCUGAGUUGCUUCUGGGAAUCUCUUGAGACUAUCACUCCUGGACCAAAGGCCUCCGGCAAAGGGUCUCGAAAACCCAAGAAAAAACUGCGAAAUUUUGAGCAAAUUUGACGAUGACCCGGUGACAAAUCCCAGAAAUUUUGCAUUUUGCACGGUAUGGUGGACGUUUCCAAGCCAAAUUCGCGACCGGUGACAAAUCCUGAUAUUUUUACAUUUUGGGCGGUAUGGUGGACGAUUGCGCGUUGCCCAAAAUUUCUUGCAGCGCAAGAAUUUUUGGCUCGUGCGCAAUCGUCCACCAUACCCUGCAAAAUGUAAAUAAUUCGGGAUUUGUCACCGGUUCCCAUUUUGGGCUCUCAAAGUCCACCAUACCGUGCAAAAUGCAAAAUUUCCGGGAUGUGUCACCGGGUGGUCGUUAAAUUUGCUCGAAAUUUUGCUGUUUUUUCCUGGGUUGUGGAGGUCGUUUGCCGGAGGCCUUUGGCCAAGGAGUAACAAGAGCCCGACAUUCCCAGGAGCAACCCAACAUCGCAAGCCGCACCAUGCAGAAGCCCGCCCCAGCAAGGGUCGGGCCCCUACGCGCCAGAAGACAGCCUCCUCGCAACGCACCCUCCCGCGCCGCGUCUUCGGUCUGUACGGCGGCGAAGCCAUUCCGGGGCGCUUCUGGAUUGCGUUCAACUACCCGGGCCACGACCAUGCUCCAAGUGUAAUGCCUCGCAUGCCACAUUUGCAACAACUGAUCGACAUGAGCAUGCGUGGGAUACCAGGAAAAAAUCAAAUUUUUUGGGUUGAAAAAUGAACAUGGCAAAACGGUGACGGUGACAAAUUUUCGCAGAAUAUCGGGUACCGCUUGUUCAAGGAGGUGAAGAAGGAAACACGGAAUCAAGGAGGUGAAGAAGAUGAAGCCUUCGCCGAACACUUUGGCAUGGACGCACACGCUCAAGAAGGGCGCGGAUCCUUUACCUUCACGGCGUAGCUACAUCAAGACUAAAUGAACAAGUGCUGUAUCGAUGGCUUUGAAAUUCGUUUCUCUCUACCACCCUUAUGAGAUAAUCUCUUGUCCUGUGGUUGCUGUAAGUACAGUAACCGUCCUGAUUGAAGCACUAGAGCACACCUCCUGUCUUACUCUUUCAGAUCAUGUCAAUGUCUACGAUCUUAUGAUCAUCUUUAAUUUGCCCUAGCCCAACAUCGUGUAGGAUGAAAAACCGAAAUAAAACUCAAACUCUAAACGUAAACACACCGAAUCAUCAGCCUUACGUUCUUUCUCUUUUACGGACUGUAUUCAAAGCCUUGAGUCACGCGAAAAACUAUAGAAAUUCCCUGGAGUGCUGUGACAUCAAGAUCAAUACUAGUGGAAUCUAUCAGCCGUAUAGAUGAAUAGAAAGUCGCUUGCUUUUUCUAAAAUUAAACCGACAUCAUAGCUAAAUGGCAUUUAGGAUAUCAAUGUGAAAAAUGGAUGCACAGACUAACCGGCGAUUACUAGACGGUUCAGAAAUUACCCCACCGAAGCUCUCAUAUCUACGGCAUCUAAAUGCCCCUGCACUUCUGUAGUUUUUAAACUUACACACGACAACUUUAUUUGAACGAUUUGACUUUUUGCUCUUUGUUUUUCAUGAUUAUGAUUUCUUUUCAGAAUAUUCUCCACCUCCAG